AUGUCAUCCAAUGAUGAAGAAGGUGAGAUCUUAAAGGGUUCUGAAGAUGACAAGGAGUUGUUGUUGAUGAAGAAGAAUCGUUCCAAGAGCAAGUCCAUGAGAAGUCGUCGUGCCAUAACGAAAAAGAGUAAAGUUAUCUGGACACCAGAUUUGCAUAACAAGUUCUUGAAAGCCAUUGAAAAGCUUGGAGUUGAUAGUGCAGUUCCAACAAAAAUCAUUGAUUUGAUGAAGGUGGACGGAUUAACUAGAGAUCACGUAGCCAGUCAUUUGCAGAAAUAUCGGGCCUUGUCAAAGAAAAUAGCUGAAGCAAAUUAUUGGGAACAAAUUGCUUCACAACCAGUUCUGUUAGACAGUUCAACGUGUAAUAAUGGAGUCCGUCCAACAGCAGUACAAAAAAAUUGGCCAUCUUAUAGUGAAAUAAAUCCUCCGAUUUUGGACACUUCAAGCUUCUCUUUUCCUAUUCUUGAAGCUUCAAGUUCCACCACUGCAAAUCCAUCCCAACUAGCUAAUUCACCUUCAUUACCAAAUCAAGGUUCUUCCAUGCAAGAAACGACAAUCUUGAAACAGACAAUGCCCGACAGUCUUGAUGGACAAGGAUACUUGAUUGAUGAUGAGUUGGGUAUUGGGAACUCGGUGAAUUCUAGUAAUUCUGGGUUUAUGCAUGGCAACAUAUAUGAUUAUGGCGGUUCUUCAAUUGAUGUAAUACACCCAUAUGAAGAUAUUGAAAUGGUCUCAUCUGGUGAUGAUCUCAACUCCUACAUGGAGUUACCGAUGAAUUGCCCAACAAACACUGGCAGUUCCUCUUAUAUCCAAAUUUCUAAUGGCUUCGAAAACAACUAUUCUAGUCAAAAUAAAUUGGUUGAAAUGUGCCCACUGUCUGAUUCUAACUUAAACAAGGAACUGUUGAGCAGCUGGAAUGAUGAGAUGGAGAUGAAUACUACUAAUCUCGAAAUUGGAAUAGCUGAAGAUGAUUUAUUAUUAGAUGAAGCCGAACUAGCGACUGUUUGGGAGACAUUUAUUCCCGAACAACCAUAUGUUGAUCAUCAUGGCGAGUUUGGAAGUACUUCAAACAAUCCAAAUCCACCCGCUUUUCUCGAAACCCCAAAUCAGGAUGUGAACGGGGAAAACUUUCCGAAUUUUUUUGAUUCAAACUACAAUGAAUAUCAUUUCACUGAGCAGCAACUUACAAAUGAAGAAACAGCCGCCAUCGACAUGCAACAAUAUUUAGAUGAAUAUCUUCCUGGUUUUGAUCCAACUUUCGACAUGUACAAUAUUGAUGAGCAACUACUCAUGCUGGAGUCCAGGCCUGAGCCCGUUGAAGACGAUAUAACCCUUCAAGACCAAUUCUGGAAUCCAUUUGGUCAAGAUUAG